AGUGUAUGCCGGGCCAGCAGCGGAGGCAAUAGAGGCACCGAAUCCAAGGACGAAACGUCCACCGAUGAAUUGACCCAUCGUAUUGGCGGAAGUCUGAACUCCAGUACCAACCAGAACCAACAAGCAGCCAACCAAGAUGCACACUCGGCGGCCGUAUCCGUCGGCAAAGAAACCACAGAAUGGGAAUGCAGCAAUCUGUCCAAGGUUGUAGAUGAUGAAGAUAAUUCCGGUCGAUGAACCCUCGCCGCUCAAACCGAAGGAUUUCUGGUAUCCUAAGAGAGAGGAUCAGUAUCCAGCAAUGGCGAAUGAACGACGAUACCGACCAAUCCCCAUGAUGAAGUACAACUGCAUCAUGUUCCGAGAGAGAAGAUUGGGCUUCUGGGCCUCAACGGCAGCCGCUUUGGUACGUCAGUAUGUGAUCGCAAGUUGUUUACAUUGUACACUGACCAAGGCCAACCGAUGCCGCGUUCACCUCCUUGACUUGCGUGGCGCCAUGAUGAGCAUCAUCACUAAUGGCACUCGUCUGGUGCGUAACAUUGUACUCGUUUUUGUCCAUGUUGAACAAUCUUUGCACACCCGGGCGACUGGUUCAUUAUAUAUGCCACCCUGUCUUGCAUCUUCACCCCAGACAAACCCUAGAAAACCUGGAUAUGCCCUCCGCAUUUUACUAGCCUAUUUUCCUGAUGAUCAUUCUUCCUACAAAGUGCCGCACAUUGGGCCGACGUUCACACCACGCUUUGGAAAGGGGCCAACGCUUUGCUUGCGGCGAUGGUACCAAUUCAAGAAAACCAUCCCCUACAAAUGGCCAAAUCUUUUCAGCAACAUUGAACGGGCUAGUUCUACGCUCGAGCUGGUUGAAACAAGCUCCAGGGUAAGGUUCCUGAUACAGAGCGGACAGCGGAAGAAUUCCCAGUAGCGAGUAGCGCAGAGACGGAAAAGGAGAGGCUCCAACGUCUAUCCUGAAUCAAUUGUUCAAAUUUUUGCGUUUUGGUCGAGU